AUGUACAGCUCCGUGCGACCAGGUCAACGUCAACACAUUGUUAGCCCGGAGAGCGUCUUCGAGGUGUCUGGGCCGAACGGUCGUCACGCCUGUUUUGUUCUGGAACUGAUGGGACCGAACCUGAAUACACUUCUACGACGGCACCCUCUCUUUUGCGUCGGGAAGCCAUGGAGGCGUCGGUUUCCCAAGCAAGUCGCCAAGCAAAUCCCGAAAGAUAUGUUGCCUGGGGUACAGUCCCUCCACGAUUGUGGUAUCGUGCACGGAGACCUCCACCCCGGCAACAUUUUAGUGUACAUUCCUCCACUCGAGGAGGCUGGCGUCUCUGAGGAGUCGCUUGCGCAGACCCCCGAUGAAGGGACUCUUCUUAUACGGCGGGAUGGUUUGCAAGAUUACUGGGCAUCAACGUAUCUGUUGGAACCAGCCCCGCUGAUCGACCAUGUUGUCCUUGACCGCGUUCCAUUGGUCAAGAUCACAGACCUCUGCGCUGAGACCAUUCUUGGCCUUGAUCUAGGCAAGAGAACUGAUAUCUGGUGUGUAGGGUGCCUUGUGUUCGAGUUGAUCACCGGUCGCCAGCUAUUUGUCAGACUUGAGGCGCUACAGGGAGAUGAAUCCGAUGAAACAACGAACGAUGAACAUCUCAUCCAAUUGAGUCAAGUCCUGGGGCCGAUGCCUACCAGUCUGUUCACCCACUGGCAACGAGGGCCGCAGUAUUACGGGUUAGAAGGAGAACUCAUCAUCGAUGACGGAGAAAGCGAUGUCAGUGAUGAUGAAAAAAGCAGCCAGGCAACACUAGAGUCAGGCGACAACCGCUCACAAGGCAACAGAGUCGGGUCAGAAAGAGGGUCGCCUCUUGCGACUGCUGAGUCUUUUGUCUCUCUCGAACAACAGCUCAGAAAGUGCAAGCCGGACGACAUGGAGGAGGCUGAGGAGGCUAUUGUUUUGGAGCUUCUGAGGUGGAUUUUACAAUAUGACCCUGAGAAGCGCCCUUCGGCUGAAGAGAUUCUGACACAUCCUUGGUUCCUCUGA